GCCCCGCGCUCUCCUCCGCCAGAAGCGGAAGCGGUGCCACCGCGUGCGUCCGGCAGCGGCCAGGCCUUCCCGUCCGGUGCGGUGCGGUGCGGUGCGGUCCCGCCAUGGCGGUGCGCGCCUCCUUCGAGAACAACAACGAGCUGGGCUGCUUCGCCAAGCUCACCAACGCGUACUGCCUCGUGGCCAUCGGCGGCUCCGAGAACUUCUACAGCGUGUUCGAGGGGGAGCUGUUCGGCACCAUCCCGGUGGUUCACGCGUCCAUCGCCGGCUGCCGCAUCAUCGGCAGGAUGUGUGUGGGAAACAGACAUGGACUGUUGGUCCCAAGCAGUACGACAGACCAAGAGCUUCAGCAUAUCCGCAAUAGUCUUCCAGAUUCUGUACGAAUUCAGCGAGUAGAAGAGCGUCUCUCGGCGCUGGGCAACGUCACUACCUGCAAUGACUACGUAGCCCUCGUUCACCCGGAUCUGGACAGGGAGACAGAAGAGAUCUUGGCCGACGUACUGAAGGUUGAGGUUUUCAGACAAACGGUUGCAGAUCAGGUGCUGGUAGGAAGUUACUGUGUUUUUAGUAACCAAGGAGGAAUUGUGCACCCCAAAACUUCAAUUGAUGAUCAGGAUGAACUGUCUUCGUUGCUCCAGGUCCCCCUCGUGGCGGGGACGGUGAACCGCGGCAGCGAGGUCAUCGCGGCAGGAAUGGUUGUCAACGACUGGUGCGCGUUCUGCGGGCUGGACACCACCAGCACCGAGCUCUCCGUCAUCGAGAGCAUCUUCCGGCUCAACGAAGCUCAGCCAAGUACAAUCGCUACCAACAUGAGAGAUUCCUUGAUUGACAGCUUGACAUGAGCACUGUGGGUUCCUGCUUUCCAGAAAGCUCCUGAGGAGUGAAGCGUCGAGCUGCACUCUGGAUCACAGACACCUGGACCUUCUGAAGUUGUUUCUGCAGGCCUAGCCACAGAAGAGGCUACAAACCCAACUUUUUGUAGUUUUGUAAAUUAAGUAUUACUACAAAACCUGGCAAAUAACAUGCAUAAGUUACAAAUAAGGAAUACUCUCCAUCCCUUUGCUGACAUUUUCCAGUUCUUCAGCUGCGCUUUCUUGUUCUGUGAUGCUGGGUGAGCCCCUCAAAUCAGCCCACAAUAUUUACUCUUGCGGCUCUUGGUUGUUGAUCACUAGGGAUUAUUUUGCGUUAAAUUAUGCAUCGGUGUUGUGCACAGCAAUCUGUUCAGCACGUACACGGCACUGCCCUCUCCUUCCACGCUUCUGCUGAAGAGUGGUGUUUCUGCUGUAGAUAGACCUAAGAGCCCCUUGUAUCUCCAGCACCAAAAAUACAGUAGUUUACUUGCCACCAAUUGAUUUGGACGCCAUCGCCCACUCUCCUGCCCUGACUUGCAGCUGUUUCCACAGGACUGGUGGUUCUGCAGGGAUCAGCGCUGGUUAAAACUGGAGUUUCUCAGAGUCAGCGCGCGGUUUCUGUCACCACGAGGUGUGACUGCCCCCGGAGCAGCCCUGUUUCAUUUGUCCACGUGUGCCUGGUGGCACCUCUGCUGCUCCUGGGGCAUCCACGAGAGUGAGCCCAGCAAAGCAGGUUAAUCCCAGCAGGCUUAAGCAUCUUCUGCUGGAGUUACCCAGCAAAUCAAAAAAGAUUGAAACCACCUCGAGUUAUCUUGGAGACAAAGGUUAAGUCACACGGUUGUAACUGGGUACUCCAUUCAGUUGGAUGUUACAGGUUUGGGAGGUUGCUAAUGAAGAGCUCUGCCCUCAUCAGGGAGCAGUGAUGACAGAAAGGAGCUGUACAUCUAUCUGGCUUUCAGGUGGAAGAUGGUAGUUUAAACUGAGCUGUUGCUCACUGAUCUCUUGGUGCGGUUGCUUCUUGGUGCGGUUGCUUCUUGCCCAUUGAAGGCAGAGAAACGCCUCCCAUUCCCACACUGCGGGCGUGUGGAAGCUCCUCGCUGCUGCCGCGCGGCCGUGGUGCCCUCAGUGCUGUCCUGAAGCGCGCACAGCUCUUUGGCCCUGGCGCUUCAGGCUUUGUAGAAAAUUGAGCAAACUUCCAUUUCUUACAGUCUGCAUGUUAAGGGGAGGAUUUGUAAGUCUGGGUUGAUUAAAGGUUGCUCCUUUUAAGUAAAGAUUGCUACAGGAUCUUCUGUGCUGGCAGCGGUCCUGCCGCCUGGGCUGUCUAGAACAGGGGCGCCACUCCAGACAACUCAGUGUCCUCCUGCCCGCAGGAAGCCCGUGAGCAGCUCGUGGAUCCUGCAGCCAACGCUUGGUGGUGGUGACGGCCCCUCCGAGAUGCCGAACGGCCUCCCUGGGCGCUGACUCUGUGUCUCCACGUAUUGCAGCGUUCAGAGCGAGAAGCUGCGUUCCUUUCGCCACAUCAUAGGGUUCUGAGUCCUACCACUGCUAUCGGUGUUAGCGUGUUAUCCAGUGAAAAAUUAAGGCUGAAACUCUUUUUAUUCCAGUUGAUAGGCAGGAAUCGUGGUUUAUAUCGGUGACCUUGGGCUGUGUGCCAUGUUAAAAAUUGCUUAAAGGUGAACAAGCAAAAUAAUCCAGACUUUGUGUAAUCCAGAUCCUUACACGGGAGCUUGGGAACUGGAAGGUGAUACCUAUUGUAAACAAGGGGCUGUGGGAAUGCUGAACUAGUAAGGUGGACCUAUGUACAAGGGGAACAGGAACUCUAAUAAAGAACAGGAAUAUGUGAUAUCA